AUGGUGAAUUCUACUUUAUCCUACUUCCUUCUUAGCACUUAUAUCCAUGUUGGGAAUUUGAGGUACUUGUAUUUCAUGAUAACUGCAAUUCUAUACAUUGUGAUUGUUUUUGCCAACACGUCUCUGAUUGUGGUUAUCUGCGUGAACAGGAGCUUACAUGAACCUAUGUACCUUUUUCUGUGCAGCAUGUUUGUAAAUGAACUGUAUGGUAGUACAGGGUUGUUUCCAUUCCUUCUGGUUCAGAUCCUCUCUGACAUUCACACUGUCUCUGCUCCGCUCUGCUUCCUGCAGAUUUUCUGCUUGUUUACAUAUGUAAAUAUACAAUUUUGUAAUUUAGCCAUCAUGUCUUAUGACAGAUAUCUUGCUAUCUGUUAUCCUCUGCAAUACAACAUUCGUAUGACUUCUAACAAGGCGGUCAUCUUCAUUAUUCUCAUUUGGUUGUACUCUUUCGUGAAGUUCUUGAUAACUUUAUCCUUAAAUAUCCGUUUGACACUGUGUGGAAACAUCAUUAACAGUUUGUAUUGUCAUAACUACCUUGUUGUUAAAUUGGCAUGUUCUGACACUCAGGUGAACAACAUUUAUGGAUAUUUUGGUACUGUUCUCACAAUCUUUGUCCCUCUCUUUCCAAUCCUCUUCUCUUACAUUAAGAUCCUCAGAGUGUGUUUCUCUGGUUCCAAACAGACCAGACAGAAAGCUGUCAGUACCUGCACACCUCACCUUGUUUCCCUCCUCAACUUCUCUUUUGGCUGCGGCUUUGAAAUGUUUCAGAGUAGAUUUGUUAUGAGCGGUGUUCCCAGUGCGCUGCGUAUUAUUCUGUCACUGUAUUUUCUCAUCAUACAGCCACUAAUGAACCCUGUCAUGUACGGACUGCAAAUGUCAAAACUAAGAAACAUAUGUAAACAUGUGCUCUGUUAUAAACUGUUGGCUGGUGGCAGAAAUAACAAAAGUGUCAGUAAAUGA